AUGCAUGAAACCCUGAACUCGAUUGGCAAGAAUGUCCAUACUAUCAAAGCCUCCAUUUUUGACUAUGACUUGAUCAUCACCAGGGAUCCUGAGAAUGUCAAGGCCAUGUUCGCAGUUCAGUCUCAAGACUUCGACAUUGGCCUACACCGUGAGAAGUGCUUCAAGUCACUGCUCGGUUCAGGCGUGAUGACCAAUCGACAGGAGAAAUGGAAGCACUCUCGCAGCAUGAUCAGGCCGCAGUUCGCCAGAGAUAACGUCGCAGAUGUGGAUCUCUUCCAGAGACAUCUUGAAGAUUUGUUGGCCAAAAUCCCCAUGUCGGAGGACAGCUGGACCUGCAAGGUCGAUCUGUCGCCCAUGUUCUUCAAUUUCACCCUGGACACGGCCACUGAAUUCCUUGUGGGUCAGUCAGUUCAUGUGCAGAAUCCUGCAAAGAAUCCUUUGAGAUGGGACUUUGGUGCGCCUGAUUUGGCCAGCUUUGGCCAUCACCUUGAUGAAGCCAAACGUAUCAUCGACCGACGAGGAGCAAUGGCCAAGUACGGAUGGUUGGUCCGAGACAAGUCUUUCCCGGAGCACUGCAAAGCCGUCCAGACUGUCAUUGACUACUUUGUGAAGCAGAAGCUGGAUUCCUGCUUGGAUGACGAGAAAGUUGUCGAAACUCCCAGCGGGAAACCCAGAUUCGUUCUCCUUGACGAGCUGGCGAAAGAAUGCACUGAUCCGGUGGAGCUGCGCUGCGAACUCCUGAACGUGUUGCAUGCUUCCAGAGACACAACUGCAUCUCUGCUCGGCUGGUCCUUCUAUUUCCUUGCCCGGUAUCCAGAAGUAUUCGCGAGACUGCGAAGAGAAAUCUUGGACAACUUCACGGAUAGCCCGACGUCGGAGAUUACAGACACCGACUUUCGAGCUUGCCAUUACUUGCAAUAUGUUCUCAAUGAGACGAUCCGCUUUGUGGGCAUUGUGCCCAUGAACGAGCGGGCCGCUGUGCGUGACACAACAUUGCCUCGUGGUGGUGGCUUCGAUGGACAGAGCCCUGUAUUCGUGCCGAAGGGCACUCAAGUUCUCAUUCCGACUUACUCGAUGCAACACCGUGAGGACAUCUGGGGUCCGGACGUCGAGGAAUUCAAGCCUGAAAGAUGGCAAGGUCGCAAGUUUGGGUGGGAUUUCAUACCAUUUGGCGGAGGUACGCGUCAAUGCCUGGGGCAACAAUUCGCACGGACGGAAGCCAUGUAUGUCAUUGCGAGGAUGCUCCAGAUCUUCGACAAAAUUGAAAACAUGGAAGGCCCGGGACCGAUCAAGAUGCACCAUACCAUUGAGAAUCGAAGUGGUUCUGGGGUUCAGGUCCGCCUUCAUCUCGCGUCGCCGGCAUUUGGAUACUGCCAGAAACAACAUGACCUCAAGUUGAGCGAUGAAUGUGACAUGGGCCUGGGGGCAGACAGAGCGGAACAGGUUGCGUGA